AUGAAGCUUUACCAAACGGCUGUGACGAAUGAGGUGGAUUCGUUGGAGUACGAAUUGAGUGUGGACGCGAAGAUGGACUAUAUGGUGUGGCUGCACUUUGCUGAGAUUGAUACGAGUGUUAAAAGAGCUGGAGAAAGAGUUUUUGAUGUGUUCAUCAAUGGAAAGAAUGCAACUAGAGUUGAUAUAUACAAAGAAGUGGGUAGUUUUGCGGUUUUCACUUGGCAUCAUGUUGUUAAAAACUUGAGCAGUAACGUUUUGGGGAUUAAACUUGUUGCUGUUUCUGGUGCUCCUCUUAUUAGUGGCAUUGAGAAUUAUGCAUUGGUUCCCAAUGAACCUUCAACUCACCCUCUUCAAGUAAGUGCUAUGAAGUCAUUGAAAGAAUCUCUUCGAAUUCCGGGAAGAAUGGGUUGGAAUGGUGAUCCUUGUGCUCCUACAACUUGGGAUGCUUGGGAGGGUGUUACCUGCCGUAUCAGUGAUGAUAAAACUGCUCUCAUCAUUACUGAAAUAAAUCUUGGUAGUCAAGGCUUAAAAGGGAGCAUAAGUGACCAGAUAAGUCAUUUAUCAGACUUAGUUAGCCUGAACUUGAGUUCUAACUCCUUGGGAGGCGAAAUACCAUCAGAACUAGGUCAAAAAUCCAUGGUUAAAGUGGAUUUAUCCAACAAUCAGUUAACAGGCUCUAUACCUGACAGUUUGGCAUCUUCAAAUUUGCUGCUUGUGCUAUUGAAUGAUAAUCUAUUGGAAGGACGAGUGCCAGCGCAACUUUUUUCAGUUGGUGUGCGUGGUGGAGCUAUUGAUCUCUCUGGCAACAAAGGUUUGUGCAGUAUACCAUCUCUACCACCAUGCUGGAAGCAGGGCCGAUUAUCGACUGGGGCUAAAACUGCGAUAGUCUUGUCAUGUAUUUUAGUUUUCUGCAUGGUAAUGCUGCUGGUGUAUAUCUACUGCAUAAGGAAAAGGAACGAUUAUGACUUUAAUCUACCCUAUGAUAUAAUGGCUCUAGCAGCCAAGAGAAGCAAAUAUCAGAGGCAGAAAUCAUUGGCGCUUCUUGAGCUGGAGAAUCGAUAUGCCAAGGGAUUUCCUUCACCUUUUACUCCUCAAUAG